AUGCAAGGCAACCGCUUCGACGUCCUCAGAUCUCCGACUCCACCACCAGUGUACCACGAGCCGCAGCCGAAUCCCUCGCUUGACCGUCGGUCUCGCCACUACCGGAACUCGCGGGAGGAGAGAAGGCGCCGGGCAGCAAGACGUGAACGCAAGAAAGUCAAUGCUGCGCAGAUGCUGGACGAGCAGUUGUCGAGGGACAUUGACCGGACGCUGCAGCAAGCAAACAUCCAGCGACCAUUGCCGAUCAAGAUACCACAACGCCCUCUUUUCAACUUUACAGCACCCCCUCAACCCUCGCAGGUGGCUCAUAUACCUGCGACUCCACCUCAGCUGCCGCUGCUCAACUUCGGCGGCCUUGACUUGAUGGACGACUUUCCCCCUCUGACGCCAUUGAAGCUGUGUCCUACACCUCCAGCUCCGUCUCCGGUGCUUCCAUCAAUUCCGAGCUGGUGUCCUCCUCUGCAAUCUUUCAACGCCAACAACCUCAUGUUUAGCGAGCUGCCACUGUUCUUCGACCUCUCCAAGCUGCCGGAGCCGAAAUCAAAGCCAAAGUUCGAUGCCACCUACCAGGAGCUGCAGAUCUGGCGACCGUUGCGCGGCCCGCAGCCGAAGAAGCACUCACGUUACUUCCCUCCGGCAGAUCAGCCAAAGCCGAGCGUCACUGCAGCUUCUGCAACUGCCUGCAGACUCCACGCUUCCGACGAAGGCAUCCAAGACUUCCAAGCUGCAACCAGGCAAGUGAUCGAAAAGGCCGUCAGCAAUCUUCGCGCUCGUCACACCGAGGCCGCUGAAGCGUCGGCCGCUAAUCUGUGGCGUAUCCUCACCUCGCCUGAGCUCCCACCACGUGACGCCAACAAUGAGCCGUACCUUGACAGCUUCGCCUACCGUCCUACGGAAGACGUCUUCACCGCUCCUCACGACCAUUACGAUCACCGGCUUGAGACCGUGGGUGCAGCACCGCUCGAGCUUGACAGUACCGAGGUGCCAUAUGUGCACGCAAACAGUCUGACCGGCCAUGCCAAUGAACGAGGUAAUGAUGCCGUGCCGGCUUCGGAGCCUGAAAUGUUCGUCUUCGAUGAUCACCAGGAAUCCAUGCCGUUGGGGUGGUCUUCCUAUGGAUUGAACGAGCUGAUGGUCGAUCAUGACUACGAUGUGAAUACCCUGCCUCCACUACCAUCCUCUCCGGCUCCCGAGGACGCAGAGACGGGCUCCGUCAUCACAACUCCAUCCCCCGAGCGAGCCGAUCCCUCUGAAGACGAGUACUCCGCAGUUACUUCAGACGCACAGUACACCAGCGAAAUGGCCCUCUUCGAUCUCUCCUCUGCCACUACUCCUUCCGCUGAAGAAGACCUCAUUGACGUCGCUACCUUCCUCGCAACGGGCCAUGGCAGCAACUGCUUAUGCACCGACUGUGAAGACGAAUGGCUGCAGCUCGUCGAUCUGGAUGAUGAGGGCUGGGUAGACUACCCAAACGACGACACUACCACUCUGCCUUCGGAUGGCUCAGAUUGGGAAUGGGAAUGGGGCUCGCCCAUGUCUGAGGAUGAGAGGGAGCCAAGCUCAGUGGCUCAUGGACCUUGGUGA